AUCAGGAAGCGCUCCGCUCCCGUGACUCUCGAACUACCCUGGACUUUCCCUCGGUCUCAUAACAUAGAUUUCCUCGUUGCUUCCAUUUCGUUUAGUUCAUUUGUUUCUUCAUGCUGCUCCACACCUAGCGUCUCACUGCAUUUUUGCAAACAUGCUAUUAAUAAUGAAGCUUUGUGUCUUCCUUUCAGUCCAUGUAUUGACGACCUUCGCUGCUGACAAUAUGACAGCUGCCACUGUGUACUGGGACCCAGAACAAAAGCUUGUGGUACUAAAGGAGGGAGUGAUGGAGACUGAGGGCGAUGCAUAUGGGUACCUGAACGACACCCUCUCCAGUACAGGCUGGAGUGUCCUGGAGAUCCGUGCAGGAUAUGGAAAGACUCCUGAAACGGACGAGAUGACCUUCUUCCUGGCUGGGUACCUUGAGGGAUUCCUCACUGCCCAGCAGAUGAUGGACCACUACACCAACAUGUAUCCACAGCUGAUCACCGACCCGAAGAUCCUGGAUCCAGUUAAGACUUUCAUAGCGAAGCAGGACUCGUGGGUCAGAGAGCAGGUGAAGCUCAACAAAAGCUCUGAUCCUCUGUGGAAGCACAUGGGCUUCAUCAUUGCCCAGAUGGACGGCCUGCAAGCUGGAGUGGCAGACUGGGCCAAGAAGCAAGGAAAGAAGCCACUGUCGAUUUUUGAUGUCCAGUUCCUAAACAGCGUGGGAGACCUGCUGGAUCUGAUCCCAGCCUUGGUUCCCAGCUCCAACUCUCCGCUCAGAGACUUCAAACUCCCAGGGAUGGGGCACUGCUCAGCUCUCAUCAAGAUGCUUCCAGGCUAUGAGAACCUCCUGUUUGCCCAUUCCAGCUGGUACACCUACGCUGCCACCAUGCGCAUUUACAAACACUGGGAUUUUCACAUCUCUGAGGCCCACGCAGCCACUGGGAAACUAUCGUUCAGCAGCUACCCAGGUUUUCUUGUGUCUCUGGAUGAUUUCUACCUUUUGGGUAGUGGUUUGAUGAUGACCCAGACCACCAAUAACGUCUUUAAUUCCUCCCUAUUUGAUAAAAUCACUCCAAACAGCCUGUUGGCGUGGCAGAGGGUCAGACUGGCUCAUAGCUUGGCUCACACAGGAGAAGAAUGGGCCAAAAUCUUCUCAAAGUACAACUCUGGCACCUACAACAACCAGUACAUGGUGGUAGACAGGAGCAAAGUUAAGCUGGGUCACAGCAUUGAUGACGGUGCUCUGACCGUGGUGGAGCAGAUCCCUGGCUUGGUGGAAUACUCUGAUCAGACACAAGCUCUGCGCCGAGGUCACUGGCCGUCCUACAACAUUCCCUUCCACCAGAAAAUCUACACCCUGAGCGGAUAUGGGGAAAUGUGGAGGGAAUAUGGCGAGGACUUCUCCUACGAUCUGUGUCCCAGAGCCAAAAUCUUCCGGCGCGACCAGGCUGAUGUGAAGGAUCUGGACUCUUUGAAACACAUCAUGAGGUUCAAUGACUACAAGAAAGAUCCGUAUUCUGAGGGCAACCCCUGCAAAACCAUCUGUUGCCGUAAUGACCUGAAAUCAGAAAAACCUUCACCAGGAGGCUGCUAUGACACUAAAGUGACAGAUUUCAACAUGGCGGGUGACUUUGUGGCAGAGGCGGUAAAUGGGCCCACGACACAGGACGGACUCCCGCCGUUCUUCUGGGAUAAAUUCAGCAGCAUCAGCCACCAGGGCCUGCCGCAGUACUACAACUUCACGUUUGUCAGGAUGCAGCCUCGUUUGUUUGAGCCAUGAGCUGUGUGUGGAUGUGUGUGUGUGUUUGCAGAGAGACGAAGCAAGUCUUCUUCCCAGAGGCUUUUUGUGUGAUGAAUCCCCAGGGCCACAGGUACAAUCUGUAUACAGAACAUCUCUCCGAAUGAACGAAGCUUGUUCAACGUCCAAACAGCAUUUCAAUGUGCAUUUUUCUGUAAUUUUUGCUCUCACAGUAUAAGGAAUUAUCUAUUUACAGUCACAGGAGUAUGUUUCUUUUGGUGCCUUGAACACUGACAGCAACUUUAGUAAACAUGCCAAAUCAAUGCACUAUGUUAUCUUUUAAUCACUUGAAUGUAAACAGUGCAAUAGGUGCUGAUUCUCUCUGCUGAUGUGAUUUAUUCACUUUAAAUCUAUGCCAAUAAAGCAACAUCUCAGGUUUGUGUUUUUCUCUAA